AUGGAGAAGAAACCAACCUUCGAAAGGGAGGGUUCGCGCCGUAAUAUAGCCGUAGUAGUCGCACUUCGGGAAGAUGGGGUUUUCAUUCCUAUGAAUUUAGGUUAUGUUAGAAAAGUCACCCAGGGUUGCAUAGGGAGGCAUGAGUACCGGGUG